AUGGUCCUGAGUGGGGCACUGUGCUUCCGAAUGAAGGAUUCGGCCUUGAAGGUGCUUUAUCUGCAUAAUGACCAGCUUCUGGCUGGAGGGCUGCACGCAGGGAAGGUCAUCAAAGGCGAGGAGAUCAGUGUUGUCCCCAACCGGUCACUGGAUGCCAGGCUCUCGCCAGUCAUCCUGGGUGUCCAGGGAGGAAGCAGGUGCCUGUCUUGUGGGAUGGAGCAGGAGCCAACGCUGAAGUUAGAGCCAGUGAACAUCAUGGAGCUCUACCGCGACGCCCAGGAGUCCAAGAACUUCACCUUCUACCGGCGGGACCUGGGGCUCACCUCCAGCUUUGAGUCAGCUGCCUACCCGGGCUGGUUCCUGUGCACAGUGCCUGAGGCUGACCAGCCUGUCAGGCUCACCCAGAUCUCCGAUAAUGCUGGCUGGGAUGCCCCCAUCACGGACUUCUACUUCCAGCAGUGUGACUAG